GGCUCGCUAGGCAGGGACAGCCUUCUCCUCGCUCCUUCUGCAGCCAAUCUUGUUCGGCCAUGGCGGUUUCCUCUGGCUCUGUCAUUCGGCUACAUCCUUCCAUAUCUCCACGUCCAACACAAAGCCAUGCCGCCAGAAACCAGUUGUGGCGCUUGCGAGCUUCGGCAGCUGGUUCGGACGGCGAUCGGGAGGGGAAGAAGAUGAUAAGGAAGGAGAAAGAGGGCUGGAAGAUUGAUUUCUCCGGCGAGAAGCCGCCGACGCCAUUGCUGGACACUGUCAACUACCCAGUUCACAUGAAGAAUCUAUCUGUCCAGGAUCUUGAACAAUUAGCAGCAGAGCUUAGAGCGGAUAUUGUGUAUAGUGUAGCGAAGACAGGUGGACAUCUUAGUGCAAGCUUAGGCGUAGUCGAGUUAGCUGUGGCUCUGCACUAUGUUUUCAACACCCCUGAAGACAGGAUCAUAUGGGAUGUUGGCCAUCAGGCAUACCCACAUAAAAUUUUGACAGGGAGAAGGUCUAAGAUGCAUACCAUCAGGAAAACUUCGGGGCUAGCAGGGUUCCCAAAAAGGGAUGAGAGCAGCUACGAUGCCUUCGGUGCAGGGCAUAGUUCUACAAGCAUCUCAGCUGGACUUGGCAUGGCAGUUGCAAGAGACCUUUUAGGGAAGAGCAACAAUGUUGUUUCUGUUAUUGGAGAUGGAGCCAUGACUGCAGGACAAGCAUAUGAAGCCAUGAACAAUGCAGGGUAUCUUGAUGCUAACCUGAUUGUGGUGCUAAAUGAUAAUAAGCAAGUCUCGUUACCAACUGCUACUGUUGAUGGCCCUGCAACCCCUGUUGGAGCCCUCAGUGGUGCUCUAACAAAGCUCCAAGCAAGUACCAACUUCCGGUCGCUUCGUGAAGCUGCAAAAAACAUCACCAAACAAAUCGGACCUCAGGCACAUGAAGUAGCUGCAAAAGUUGAUGAAUACGCAAGGGGUAUGCUCAGUGCUUCUGGCGCAACUCUCUUUGAGGAGCUAGGGUUGUAUUACAUUGGUCCAGUGGAUGGGCACAACUUAGAUAAUUUGGUCACCAUUUUUGAGAAAGUAAAAGCAAUGCCCGCACCAGGUCCAGUUCUUAUACACAUUGUAACAGAGAAAGGGAAGGGCUAUCCACCAGCUGAGGCGGCAGCUGACAAAAUGCACGGGGUGGUCAAGUUUGACCCGAGAACGGGACAGCAAUUUAAGUCCAAGUCCCCUACGCUUACAUAUACACAGUACUUUGCCGAAUCCCUGAUCAAAGAAGCGGAGGCAGAUAAUAAGAUUGUAGCCAUCCACGCGGCAAUGGGUGGUGGGACUGGCCUCAAUUAUUUCCAGAAGAAGUUUCCAGAUCGCUGUUUUGAUGUGGGAAUUGCAGAACAACACGCGGUUACAUUUGCAGCUGGUUUAGCAACAGAGGGUCUCAAGCCAUUCUGUGCUAUCUAUUCAUCUUUCCUGCAACGAGGUUAUGAUCAGGUGGUGCAUGAUGUAGAUCUUCAGAAACUACCUGUCCGCUUUGCAAUGGACCGAGCUGGUUUGGUAGGUGCAGAUGGGCCCACACACUGUGGAGCAUUUGAUAUCACAUACAUGGCUUGUUUGCCCAACAUGGUAGUCAUGGCUCCAUCUGAUGAAGCGGAACUGAUGCACAUGGUUGCCACUGCAGCAGCCAUUGAUGACAGACCAAGCUGCUUCAGGUUUCCAAGGGGCAAUGGAAUUGGAGUAGCCCUUCCGCACAAUAACAAGGGAACACCCAUCGAGAUUGGAAAGGGAAGAAUACUGAUGGAAGGCAACAGAGUUGCAAUUUUGGGAUACGGGACAAUAGUUCAACAAUGUGUAGAAGCUUCAGGAUUACUGAAAUCUCAAAACAUAUCUGUGACAGUAGCAGAUGCAAGAUUCUGCAAACCAUUAGAUGCAGAUCUGAUCAAGAAAUUGGCUAAAGAGCAUGAAAUCUUAAUCACUGUGGAGGAAGGUUCCAUUGGAGGUUUUGGGUCACAUGUGUCUCACUUCCUGAGCUUGAAUGGAAUUCUAGAUGGACCCCUAAAGAGGUCCCUGCAGUUGAGAGCAAUGGUACUUCCUGAUAGAUACAUUGACCAUGGAUCACCCCAAGACCAGGUUGAAGCAGCAGGGCUCUCUGCCAGACACAUCUCCGCAACAGUGCUAUCGCUUUUGGGGAGACCCAAAGAAGCUCUCAAGUUCAAGUGAGUCUGCUAAUGGAAGCACUGGCAUCAGGGAAAAGCACCAUGUGUUUGAUGGCCCCCUUUGGCCUGGAGUGGAGAAGAAACUCAAGCAGUCAAGUUCAUCCCCAGAUGUAACAUUGGUUCUAAAAAGAAUGAGGUCCAGGAUUCGUUCAAAUUCUUUCCCUGGUAUCUAUUAUCAGAAACAUAUCUAUGAAGAUCAGGUCAACAAAUCAAUUGUGUUUCUGUAUAUACAUUGUCUCCUUUUGUAAUGCAGACAGACGUGAUAUUAUAUAACUGGCAACAAAGUUUCAUAAAGAAUCCAAUGAAAGCAGCAAGUUUACUUGUACAGAA